GCGAGACUUGUCCGCUCGGUCUUGUCAGAGACUUCAGACUGACUCCAUCGCUGCACGUCUGCACAAAGACUGAACUCCUCCAGCUGCUGAACGCGACCCCCGAGGAGGAGCAACACUCAGACCUGCAGGAUGAACUGCGAACUUCUGGCAACCUGCAGUGCUCUCGGCUAUCUAGAGGGGGACACCUAUCACAAGGAAACAGAUUGUUUGGAGAGUGUGAAAGACUUGAUCAGGUAUUUACGCCAUGAAGAUGACACCCGUGAUGUCCGCCAGGAGCUGGGAGCAGGCCAGAUUGUACAGAAUGACCUUCUGCCUAUUAUCACUCAACAUGGGCAAGAUAAAGCCUUAUUUGAUGCCUCUAUCAGGCUCAUGGUCAACCUCACUCAGCCUGCUAUGCUUUGCUUUGGUAAAGUCCCUGACGACCCUGUGUUUAGACAUCACUUUCUGCAAGUGACAUCUCAUUUACAAGCCUAUAAAGAGGCAUUUGCCAGUGAAAAGGUGUUUGGCAUUUUAAGUGAGAUGUUGUACAACCUUCUGCAACUGGACUGGGAGGAGAGGCAGGAGGAGGAUAACCUACUGAUAGAGAGGGUCCUGCUGCUGGUCAGGAACGUGCUUCAUAUACCUGCAGACCCCUGUGAAGAGAAGAAAGUGGAUGACGAUGCCAGCAUCCAUGACAGGCUGCUGUGGGCCAUUCACAUGAGCGGGUUUGAUGACCUGGUAAAGUUCCUGGCGUCAGCUCAGAGUGAGCAGCAGUGGAGCAUGCAUGUGUUGGAAAUCAUUUCCCUCAUGUUCAGAGACCAGACCCCGGAGGCUCUGGUGAGCGCUGGUCACGCUCGUUCAACGGAGGAGAAGCAGAGAGACGUUCAGGAACUGGAGGUGUUGAGGCAGAAAGAGCUUGCAGAGAAACGUUCUCGCACUUUACAAAGAGGAACCAGACACUCUCGCUUUGGAGGAUCCUAUGUUGUCCAAGGUCUCAAGGCAAUCGGAGACAAAGAUGUGAUCUAUCACAGAAAUAUUCAUAAUUUCAAACAUUACACUCAUGACACAGGCAAAACGUUGAGACGGGUUCCAAAAAGGAAUCGACAGGCCAAGGAAACUAAGGAGAAAAGACGUUCUGCCUUAAACGUGCGACUCUUCCUGCGAGAGUUUUGCAUGGACUUCUUGGAGAACUGCUACAACCACCUCAUGUAUCUGGUCAAGGAAAAUCUGAUUCGAGAGCAAACUCAGCAACAUGAUGAAACUUACUACCUCUGGUCCCUCAGCUUUUUCAUGGCCUUCAAUCGUGGCAACGGUUUCCGUGCUGACUUGGUUUCUGAGACCAUUUCAAUCCGUGCCUUUCACUUCAUUGAGCGCAACAUCACCAACUACUAUGAGAUGCUGCUGACCGACCGCAAAGAGGCCACAUCCUGGUCCCGACGGAUGCACUUGGCUCUAAAGGCAUAUCAAGAGCUGCUGCUCACUGUGAAUGAGAUGGAUCAGUCAAAGGAUGACAGCAUCCGUCAGAGUUCCAACGUUAUUAAAAGUAACAUCUUCUACCUGAUGGAAUACAGGGAGAUUUUUCUAACGUUGCUGAGGAAGUUUGAUGAAACCAAGCAGCCUCACUCUUACCUCAAAGACUUGGUGGAGUCGACUCAUCUUUUCUUGCGCAUGUUGGAACGCUUCUGCAAAGGUCGCAGAAACUUGAUGGUUCAGAAGAAGAAGGUGAGGCGCAAAAAGUCUCGAGGUGAUAAGAAUCUCCCAAAUCCAGAGACAACUCCAGAAGCCCUGGCGGAAGCCUUCAGGAUUGUGGAGGAGGAGCUGAAGACUUCAGGGUUUCAGUUGUCAGAGUCUUUGACUGAAAGCAUUGUUCCAUUCGAUGCCACAUCUGAAACCCCUCUAGAGGAGCAGCGGACUGAGGCUAUGGUAAGAGUUAAGGACGCCAUGCUGGGUCGACUGGGACCAGAAGCACUGGCACUGCUGCGAGCUGCCAGAGAGGUGUGGCCGGAGGGAGACGUGUUUGGUUCAGCUGAUGUGGAUCCUGAGGAGGAACUGGAGCUGCUCAAGCAGAUCAUGCACGCCGACCUGCCAAGGUCCUCUCGUCCUGAGCCUGUGGUAGAGGAGGAGGAUGAUGAUGGAUUAGAGUUAGAAGAAGAAGAGUUGGAGUCCGUCCAAGUUUCUGAAACCGAGUUCAACUUUCUUGACUUCAUCAAGAAGUUUGCCAGCUCCAAUAUCGUGCAUCCAUACCUCGUCCUAUUAAAAUCCUUCUCAAAAAACUCUCCUCACACAAACCACUGCAUCGUUCGAAUGCUGCACCGACUGGCCUUUGACCUCAAAAUGGACGCCCUGCUUUUCCAGCUGUCGGUGUUCAACCUUUUCAACAAAAUCCUGAGUGACCCCGCUGCAGCUGCUUACAGGGAACUGGUGACCUUUGCCAAGUAUGUGCUGAAGCGUUUCUUUUCACUGGCAACAGAAAACAACAAAGCAUAUGUUGAACUGCUGUUCUGGAAAAAUGUGGGAGCUGUACGUGAGAUGACGGAGGGCUACAACAAAGACGGAGAGGGAACUAAACAAACCUGGACUGAGGAGGAGGAAGAGGAGUUGCGCAAGCUCUUUGAGGAGCACCGUCAUUCUGAAGUGCCAGACAUAGUGGAGACUUUGCUGCCAUUGCUCAGCGGCAGCACCCGAAAUCGGCGGCAGGUUGUGACGCAGCUGGUGCGUAUGGGUCUGGUGGACAAUGCUAAGGAACUGAAGAAACAGAAGAUCGGUACCCGCAUUGUACUUUGGACUGAGGAGCAGGAGGAGGAGCUGCAGAUGCUGUUUGAGGAGUACAAAGAUUCUGACGAUGUGCUGGGUAAUAUCCUGAAGAAGCUCACGGCCAAGCGCUCCCGUGCACGAGUGGUGGACAAGCUGCUCAGCAUGGGCCUGGUGUCUGAGAGAAGAGAACUCUAUAAGAAGAGAAGUCGUAAUGCUCACGGGAAGAGCUCUGGGAAAAAAAUGACUGAAGAAGAGUUCCUGUCAGAACUAACACAAGGUGACCUGGAUGAUUCUAUGGACAAAGAUGAGGAAGAGGAUGGAGAGGAUGAGUCUGAAGAGAGUGAGGAAGAUGAAGAGCAGGAGAGGGAAGAAUCCCCAAAUCACGUGCGGAAGAGCCAAAGUGUGCACGCCCCAGUGGAGAGGAGAGCUGAUGUAGGCACCAUGGUCACUGCUCUGCAUCAGGGAGGCAUGUCUGGACCUCUGUUGUGGCUACAGAACUGUCUUAACAGAACAGCAAAUGACCGAGAAGAAGAUGGUCUGUCCCAGCCUGUGCCACUGGUCCCUCUGACCGAGACAAAUGAGGACGCCAUGGAUAACAAGAGCAUCCAGAGGCUGUUACGCAAACUGGGAUUGCGGCCACCGGCAAAUGAACAGGAAACUUUCUGGAGAAUCCCAGCAAAGAUCAGCGUAUUCCAGCUCCGCAGUGCAGCUGCAGCUCUUAGUCUGAGAGAGGACGAACCCAGAGCUGGUGAGGAGCAGGAGAGACCCACGAGUCCACCUGAAAAACACCUUGAGGAGGAGAAGGGGGAGGAGAAGGAGGAGGAAGCAGAGGUGUCAGGUGAACAGAGAACUCAGGCUCUGAGAGCUCUGCUGCUCUCACGCAAAAGGAAACCCCGCACCACCAAGCAUACAGCCUCUGUAUCAGAUUUCGCCUCCGUGGAGAAUACAGGAAGUAAAGCUAAGAGGUCCCAAAAGAAGAAAUCCGCUAAAAGAAGCAGAGUGAUGGACGAUGACGAGGAGGAGAAUGAGGCGGACUCCUCCACUGCCAUGGAUAUGGAUACAAAGAGUGAUGCAGAUUCUGAGCAGGAGGAUAUCUCUGCUCCUGUUAAGCGUAGACGGAAGAUGGUCUUAAUUGAUGAAGAGGAAGACGAGGAUUAGUGAUGAGCUUUAAUGGACCGUAAAAGCUGCGGACACAAAAGACUGGGGUUUUGCUCGGAGGUGGAUGCAGCUCUCUGGAGGAAGUUCAUUCCAGACUGUAGAAACACUGUUAAUAGAAGAACCGAGCAGCCCAAAUAAAUUAUCACUUAGCCAUGCCUCUUUGUCAGUGCAGGUCAUAUUUGCAUUGAUUGGACCAUUUUCUGUAAUAGUGCCUACUAAGUUCUGGGUUUUUUUCUAUUCUGUAAGUUACUCUCCUUUGUUUUCCAUUUUUAGACUUAUUAAUCGACAAUUUCAUCUUUUCCCACGUUUUACUUGUUAGCCUUUCAAAGUGCAAUUCCUGUGAAUUUAUUAAUAAAAAAAAGCACUCUUGUCAAAA